GCGAGAGGCACUACAAGUCCCAAGAUCCACUGCGCUGAUCCGGAAGCUGCUGCCGCCGGUCCACUCACCAUGGCCUUCAAACGGGACGGGGAUGAUCUGAGUCAGCUCAACGCUCUCAGGAAGCGACGGGUGGCAGACUUGCUCGCCAGCUACAUCCCCGAAGACGAAGCCAUACUGCUGAAGAGCGGGAGGUACGCCUGUUCUGUCUGUUCCUACCGCCCCGUCUUCGACACAGCCGACAUGCUGGCUGUCCACAGGGCAGGGAAGAAACACAUCGCCAGCCUCCAGCGCUUCUACGGACAGAAGAGGGAACUACAGAUGGAAGUUCAGAAGCACCGGCACCGGCAGCACGUCCGGGAGGAGGAGUCGGGCUCAGAAGCCAGGCCUGAGCAGGAGUCACUGCCGCCUCUCCUCAGGAAGACUCGACAGAUAGCUCACCAUGCUCUGCUGACCGCGGCUCCCUACAACAGCUGCUGCAAGAGGAAACGAUCCGGCGAUGACCACCCCAGACAGAUGCCCAGCCCUAGCCCUGCAGAGGGGGCACAGCAGCCAGUGGCGGCCUCAGAGCGGCCAGGGACGUGUGCCGACACCUGGGGAGACGGCCAGCAGCCCCAAGGGGCAUCAGCAGGAUCCCACUCGACUGGGGCUGACGCUGGGCGUAGGGGCCGGAGGAAGAGUGGCCGGUGCCAACCCCCCUCGCCCUCACCCGUGGCAGAGGUGGACCCAGCCAGGCAGAAGCUGCUGGAGUACCAGCUGCACCUGAGGAGCUCCGGUUGGAUUCAGGACUCUGACGGGAAGUGGGUGCGGGACACAGCAGUCGAGUUCGACUCAGAUGAAGAGGAACCUCCAGCACUGCCCCCACCCUGAGGCCAGGCCACCUCCUCCACUCUGCGUCACCUGUCCUGCCAACCAACACCUCCCUCAUUCUCCCUCACUCUCCCUCUUUCCUUCCUCCCUUUCCCUUCUCAGUCUGUCAUCCCUCACUCUCCCUCCCCUCCGUUCCUCACCUCAGUGCUUCCUCCUCCGAUCCACCCUCCCCCCACUGCCCCACCUCCCCCUCUCAGUGGUUGGCCUGGGCUACGAGCAGGAUAAAAUGGGAUCGGUGUGGCUGGGUGGAUGAUGGGCAGCACGGAUUUGAGGUGGAAAGAGCCUGUUCCUGUGCGUUAUCAUUUAACACAACCUGGAGUUUCAUUACUUGUGAUCUCCAAGAGUUAGCUCCAACUGAGAGACACCCAUUCUUCCUCCUCCCUCCCCAGCCCCCACUCCUCCCAUCCAACCUUCACGUCUGCCACCUCAGCACAAAGUACCCAAUAUCUUCUACAACUGUUGAACCCAACCGUUUCAGAUAACCUGUUUGUGACAGAGCUGGAUGACUGUACGACAAUAACUGGCUCAGAGUCGGGAACACAGUGACGGUGGGGAGGGGGAGAGGACUCUGAUGGGUCUGGUAUGGAGCAACAGAGACACCACCCCCCAGAAAGAACCCCACAUUGAUGCCAAGUAGUUGAACUGGUCACUGAACAAAUGUCGGAGGAAGGAACUGGAUGAUUGUGACUGUGAUGGACCAGAGUGAACGGUAGCCAAUGGGAAUCGCCACGGUCUGCAGUUAAGAUGCAUCACUGACUCUUCAAUGGUGUAAAACCUUCCCAUCCUGUGUGUGUGUGUGUACCCCUGGAUAUGCAGUGGUCUCCAGCCUUGAGGCGCAGUGUGGAGCAGGCUGGGUAUCAGGAGGUGCAGAGAAGUCUCCCAGUUCCUUUCCCUCCCACCCCC